CUGAGGGCAUUUCCUUGCUGUCCAGAGUUGCCCACACUCUUAAAGAAACGUCCCGCUGGACAUACUUACUAUAUGAAGUGUAUGUCGCCAGCACGUAUAAAUGUUGACUCGCGGCAGCUUACGUGCACCUUCUAAACACCUUUGCCUUUCAAAGUGGCCGACCAAUUGCCUCAGUUGACGCCACUAAGUGGUCACAAUGAUUCGGAUAUUAUGGGAUGCCAUUUUCCUCAUUAGCGGUUCGCUGUUUACAAUCGGAGCAGGACAAAGCAACUUGACAAGUUUCGAAGGCAAUAUCACUGUCCAUGAUGACGCUGGCGCAGCUCUUAACGCCUCGGCGAGCCGUCGUGCGGCCGCCUCCUCCAUUGCAAGUUCUACCUUCUUAUUAGGAACAGACCGUCGUGGUUUUGGCAGCACUAUCUCCACCCCUACUAGGUCGGCUGCUUGGACCAGCGGCUCAACAGCGACCGCAACGAUCACCUCGUCAACAAGGACGACUUCUAACGUCCCCCCAGUGAAAAAGUUCGUGGCAGCGGCUGUUCGCUCUCAUUUCGACGACUGUCCGGACUCACAUCGCCACUUCUGUUUCCACGGAACUUGUCGCUUCCUGAUAUUGGAGGAGACGCCAGCAUGCAUAUGCCUUGCUGGCUUCGUUGGGAUGAGGUGCGAGCAUGCAGACCUGCUGGCCGUUGUUGCGACCAACCACCGUCAGCAGAAUGUCGCCACAGUGCUGGUGAUAUGUGUGAUCGGUUGUGUCCUCAUCAUCGUCCUGUGCACCCUUUUAAAUUGCUGGUGGAGGCACGAAUGUCGCAGGAGGAGACGUCCUCACCACUUCAUCCCGGAAGAAAAAUCAGUUUACAUGCUGAAGCAUGGACCGCCAUGCUACCCUUCUGAGAGCGUGGUGUGAAAAAAGCAACAUUGCAGAGCGUCAUCCCAGGGCUGACAUUGACAAUUGGGCCUCAAUAGAGUCUUAAGACUGCAUUCAAAGAGAUACAAAAGAAGACGCAGUGUCUUUGGUGGGACUGAUGCAGGACUUCGAAGAAAGAAGGUAGGACGUUCCUUCCACUUUUUCCACUGACUUUGUGCAACACAGCAACGUGGAAAUAAACACUGAACUGUGAGGACACAAGACGUCUUCUACAAGGACAUCCUUUGCGGAUUUGGGAGGAAAAAAAUGAAAGACUACUUGACUUAACCCCCUGUCCCAUGACCCCCCAAUUCCUAUUUACAUCUUUUAUGAACUUUGUGCACUUUCCAGAGCACAGAAGAUGCUGAAGUUUUAGUGUCUGUUUUUAAACACAAUUCACGUGACAGAAAUGGGAAUUGAUGGACUGAACAGCUGAAGAUCUCUGGAUGUCCGCCAGACAGAGCACGUUUCUUUUCCAACGCCAUGUUUCUAGUUAUGAUAAGAGUAAAAUAUGUGUCAGUUUUAGUUCUGUAAUGUUGGCCAGAGGUUUCUAAAUGGAAGAGCCGGAGAGGGAAAACACACCACUGGUGCACAUCGGGUGUUGGUCCUCCACUACGUUUAGUUCACAUGGCACUUUUUUGCAAGCUUGCUCAAUGCUUCCUAAAAUCUGCACCUUUUUUUGUAAAUCACAGCUUUUAUCUUUUUUGGUGCACCUAUUUCAUCUAAUUCCACUAGUGGUGUGUUUUGGAAUUGCCUCUUAAUUUCAGAUUUGUCAGAAAGAGACAAAAUAAAUGCUCCUUCAAAAUUGGCAAAGCAGCAAAGAAUGUUAAAACUGACAGUUAAAACACGGCAGCUUCUACCAUUUAAAAUGAAUGUGGUGGUAAGCCGAUGCCAAAGGAGAGGCAAGGAGCGAUACACAAACUUUCUGUCUACAGUGUCUGAUGUUUGCAGAGUAAUGUUCCUCCGUCUCCUAUUACAGCUUUGAUGUGUGUAAACACACACACAAUGUUGUGUACUUACAUGUAUUCCCAAUACAAAAGAGGGUCCAACUGAUGCUUAACCUGUCUUUUGGACGGACUCUUAUCUAUAUUUCUUUUCAAAUGAAGAAUUAAAUCAAACAGUCUGUGUGGCCUUUUUU